GUUUGACGCGGGGGUGUUAUUGAGAUUUUUUUCCUCUUUUUUUUUUUUUUUUUCCUUUCCUCCUCUAAACCAGGUUCCAAGAGCAGACAUCAUGCAGGUGCAAACUGUGGGCUAGCGACAUGACUUGCUGGGCGCUGACGCGUUUCAUUGUGCCAUGCCAACCCCGCAUUGUCAGAUGCCAUUUUACUCUGCGUCUGGAAUUCCAACAUACUGGGCCUGUUGUGUAAUUAGAAGUUCGUGAGGCAGUAGCAAACAAGCUGGUGCAAUGAGAAGCUACGCCGUCCAGGGCAUUGUGCGCAAUUUGUGCUGAAGCUUAUGGGUCCUGCGUACUCAAGCUCCCGGCUUCCACUUGGAGAGGUGUGCUGCGGGGCUACAGCGCACUGGCUGUCGGCUUCACAUCUGGACCACUUGGGUACUGUCAUCUGCGGCCUGUUCGGACUGUGCACUCCCUGAACUUGUAUGUUAAAGGGGAACUGACCGAGCGCCUCGGAUGGUGUCGUGUUAGGGAGAAGGGGUGCAUAUUUGGCUGACGUUAUAGGUGAUCCACCGGAACACCGCGGUCCAAAGCUGGACUGGCUGACUACUCAAAGGAAAAACGCUCAUCCAGCUAUGGAUUUUGCGUAGCGAAGUCACGCAUUUUUAAAGGCAACGCUAGGGUGACAUUGCAGUCUUCUCACCACAUCGGUUAUUUCGUCGUCCGACAAAAAAAUAAAAAGAGUGAAAGUGGAGUAUUGUCCGUCGUACGUAUCAACGCAGUGGGAUUUCUACGUCUGGUCGGCGUUCCCCCCCACCCUUCCCGCGGUGACGGUUAUGGGUCGGAAGCGGUGUGUCGGUGCAGAUUGUUCCAAGAUGGCGGCCGGGUGCUGCGGGGUGAAGAAGCAGAAACUGUCGGGAUCGCCCGGGUCGGGGGGUCCCGGCGGGGUGGGGGCGGGAAGCGGGGUGGCAGGAACCGGACAUUGUGGCUCAGAGUUGGGGAUUGGCUCCUCCGCGACUGUUGCAGCGGCGGCGAACGUGAGCAGAGCCAACGGCCUGGGGGGACCCGGGGGUAACGUUAGCGGCAGCAGUAGUAGUAGUGGUAGCAGCGGCACAAACGCUCUGUCCCCAGCCCCGGCCGGUUACACUACAUCCGGCCUCUCACCGAAUCUCAGCCCGGGACCUGGUUCGGGAAGUGGAGGCAGAAAAAUGGUCGUCUCAGCGGAGAUGUGCUGCUUCUGUUUUGACGUGCUUUAUUGCCAUCUGUACGGAUACCAACCUCCGAGAACACCCAGGUUUACAAAUGAUCCCUACCCGCUGUUUGUCACAUGGAAAAUAGGCAGAGACAAGCGGUUGAGGGGUUGUAUAGGUACAUUUUCUGCCAUGAAUCUGCACUCAGGACUCAGGGAGUACACCCUUACCAGUGCCCUUAAAGACAGCCGCUUCCCCCCUAUGACAAGGGAUGAGCUGCCUCGCCUCUUCUGCUCAGUGUCUCUUCUCACCAACUUUGAAGACGUCGGUGAUUACCUUGACUGGGAGGUGGGUGUGCACGGUAUUAGGAUAGAGUUUUUCAAUGAAAAAGGAUCAAAACGCACCGCCACCUACCUACCAGAGGUUGCAAAGGAGCAAGGUUGGGACCACAUUCAAACCAUAGAUUCCUUACUACGAAAGGGAGGUUACAAAGCUCCCAUCACAAAUGACUUCAGGAAGACCAUUAAGUUAACCAGGUACCGUAGCGAGAAGAUGACGAUGGGUUAUGCAGAGUACAUCGCCCACCGCCAGCACCAUCACUACCAGAAUGGCAUUGGGCACCCUCUACCACCCUACAACCAUUAUUCCUGACAGCGAGCCGCAUGACCAAUCAUUGGACCUCUCCGCGGACCUUUUCCCAGGAGAGCCUGCCCCCUCCUGGUCUAGCUAUUUCUACUACUGUACCAUUUUAUGAUGAUAGUUUCCGUUGCCAUGCUGGCCGUCUCCCAGACGUUGACAUGGCAACGGGUGGCAACGAAGCAUCAUUUGAUUAUGGCAAGAAAUCCACACGUUUCUUUGUUUUCUUUCUUUGCCUGUGGUUAAGUUUUUGCAGCAUAUGUAUACCUAUAUCUAUAACCCCCCCUUCAUAUUUUUGAAACGAAACAAAUAUUAGAUUUAUUUAAUCUUUUCAGCAAAACCUAAUCAGGUGUUUGAUUCUGUGGAUGGAAGGAAGUCGCUUACGGUGGAUUAGUCUCGCGCUUCUAUUGUUUAGGCUUUGCUACACUUUUACUUUUACUAAGAAAACUCUUUGUUUUUUUUAAAUUUUCCUCAUUUUUUUCUUGAUCUUACUAUCCAGACAUGUAAUACCAUGUAGCAAGGCAACUGCAGUUCUCAAAGGCUGUGUCGUCUCUACUCUGAUUCCUCUCAAAAAACAAAAAAAAACUAACAAAAAAAAAAGACUGUUGAGGUUGUUUUAGCCUUGUAAACUCUUGUAGUGUCGUAGUUGGAACUAUGUAUUGGGAUAUGUAUACUCCAAAGUAUAGCUGGUAGGAUUGUGACGCCCUUUGUCCGGCCUUUGCUGGUACCGUUUAUUGAUUGAGCUCACAAUCGUCGUGUGUAUGUCUGUGUGUGGAUUUAGACGUCGGUCUGCCACAAAAGAUUAAAAAGUAGAGUAAAUUAGAAAUUGGAUUUUUACCCAAAGUGUCCCUACAGAGAGUCUUCUGGAAAACCUCCCCCUCUGAGUAUUUGUAGUGUUUUGUGGUGGAACCUGUAAACCUUGAACUGCAUUUGUUUGGCUCGACCUUAAAGCUACGUUCCCUCUUUGUUUUGUUUUGUUCCUUUUAACUUUUUCAAAUUUACGGUAAUUGCGGAGGAAGCCAUUUUGUCUGAGGAUAAUCACAUCUGCGCAGGCGAUUUGUUGAUUAAAAAAAAACGGGCUACAAGUGGGUCUGAGUUCCCCGCAUUGGAGAAGAGGGGGAGCAGACGUAACUACAGGUCCCUAAAAAACAAAAAAUAAAAAAUCAAAGUACGUGCAUGAACAUUUAAAUGAACAGUCUGUUGGGUUCUGAGUUUACUGGCAGGGAGUCACUCGACAGGGACAUGCUAUAACUACUUAAAGCCAUAUUCUCUUAUCUUUAUUCCACACUUUGUAAGAGUAGUCUGUUGUUUGGCUCGACGUGUUUGCAUCCGGCGGACGUGAUGUCGGGUUUUCUUCAGCCCUCUGAAUGCAAACACAGGCGGCCAGCCUCAGGCCGGGCUGCAUCACCGGAUUCCUGUCCAACCCCCGGCGGUUUCACUCAUUCGUCAGACGUCUUGUUAGUCGUGGAAACAUCGUCUUGCCUUUUUCAGAUUAUAGCUAACCAUUGUCACUCGUCCACCAAGUCUUACCUUUUGAACGAAGACGCACCACUUAGACGCACAAACGCAGCGAUCCGAUGUUAGUGUCACGUAGAAGAAGUGCAUGUGAGUUGAUUUAGUCGUUGAAACCGCACCACCACCACCACCACCACCACCACCACCACCACCGUGCUCCUCUGCUCCUCGCUGAGAUCCAGGGAAUGUUUUGAUUCGCGGUCUGUUUUGUCAGCUGUUUGGCAGCCGCCUGCAGCAAACACGGUUGGAUUAGUCGGAGCAGAAUCCCUGCGUGGGGGCCGAGCAGCUCGCAGUCGAGGUCUACACAUUAAAAAAAAAAGAAAAGAAAAAAAUAGCCAGGGCUUUGUACGGACUUAAGAAGCCAUUUCCCAUCUAAAUCGUACUUGUCGUGAGUCACAUCCACACACACACUAGGCUAGUUGGGUUUACUUCUCCAGAAUGUUCGAGCUGUCCAGGAUCCCAGCGCGAUCCGCUCGUUUUGGGUUUUUUAGUUUCGCUAACUGGAAUUUUUUGAGAGGUUCUUGUUACUUGACCAACAUCUUUCUUUGUAACAGCCUUUACUAACUGACAGGUUAUUUUUUUCUUUAUGCAAAAAUGUCAAGGGCUUUUGGCACUCCAUCCACAGUAACCCGAAAUGACCCAGAUUUCAGUUGUGUUGCCUUAAAUGAAUGAUUUAAUAAGCGGUGGACCGGUAGACGACGCUCUGAGUGCUCCUCCAGCCCAUGGUUUGCUCCUUUCCAGCUUCACGUUCACACCACAGCGCAGGAACGAACGGGCCUCCGAUGGCGGUUUGGACGCUAGUGCUGAUGCUCUCGUAGACGUACAGGGGAUCCUGUAUGCUAACCCAGCUGGUUCCACCCGUAGACUUCAUUUCUGCUCAGACGUCGGGCGCUGUGGUGUUGUUCUCUUAAUGUUUAAACCAUGGGAAGACAGCUUUAUGCCUCCAGAAAAAAUGUAUCCUUAUCUGCAAAGUACACUACACACAGAGGAGGAGCAGUCAGGCGUCCGUCUCCCGGCCCAUUUGAAACAGCACAACCUGAAUUAUUCUGCUGCAAAACCAAAUUGACCAUGCUCUUUUACAUAUAUGUCUUUGUAUACACAUGCAAUGUAUUUAGUUGCAUGUAUGUAUGAGUAUGAGACCUAUGGUUUUAUCCAUGAUAUGCUUGAUCUAUGGCUUAGACACUCUUAUUAACCAUUAAGAGAUUUAAAAGACAAAUAUGGUGCUAUCGGACCUCAUAUUGGGGUGGUCACAGCUCGUGACUGGUCAUGCGGACUCAUUGAUCAUAUCAUAUACUUAAAGAUGCUGCAUGUAAGAUUUUCUCGUCGGCGCGUCGCCGCCAAACGAGUCGUGGCGGCACAUUUUAAUUCUGAAGGAUCACCAUUAGAAACGGUAGCCCCAAGAGAAGAACCUCUGCUCAGUCCACUGUGGGUGAUUUUUGGGAUCAAUUCCCUAUGGGAAAACCAGACCGAUGCUAAAUGAAGAAGGAACAGUUCCAGCAGCAACACGUCACCGGGGCUACGGAAUGUACUGUUAAUGGUCGUCAUCACAGUUUAGCGGCGACGCAUCGAGAGAAAAUCCUACAUGUGUGACCUUUACUAUCCUUGAUAUAUGCAGAUCUGUUCAACAGGUGUUUUUUUGUUUUGUUUUUUGUUUUUUUUUUGGUUUCUGUUUUUCCUACCAGUGCAAGUCAACACCCCUGCAGGUUUGAAAGGACAAGAAGUCACACGUUGAACCUCCUCCCCCUCGAUUCCUCCCGACACUGUGGCCCAACCUCAUGGCCGAGUUUGUCAAGGUGUGACGUGUGCGUGUCGCUCGGUAGACGGUGGCAGUAGUAGUAGUCGUCGUAGUGGUCGUUGCCUCUCCUGGAAGAUUGGGCGCCGUGUUUACAGAGCUCAGUUUUCCUUCUAGCUGCUGAAUCGUUUGACCUCCUCCGAAAGGGCAAGGGUUAGUUGACUAGGUGGUGUUGUCGAGGCUCUCGCCGCCUCUUUUUUAAACUAUGUGGAAGGUAAGCAUCUCCUGCAGCGGGGGGACGAAGAGUUAACGCCGAAUACAGCCCCGCUCCUGUACUGAUGAACUGUUCAAAGCAUUGAUACCUCAUAGGACAUUAUGGAACGACAUUAGUAGUUUGUUUGUAGCAGAUCGUGUUUUGGUUCCAUACCAGGGUUAGAGUUCAGCCUCAGCAUUCCUUCCGUGGUCAUUCUCAUAUUUCGUGGAAUGCUCAAGCUCGUGUUACCUUCGUAUGUCGUGACUGAACCAAAGAUGCCAGCGGCCAUGCCCAAAUGCUGCUCUUCAGGCCUGGCUUCCUGUCCUUCCAAAAAACACCCCUGCAAAUAAAAAAAAAAAAAAAAAACAACAAUGUUCUUUAUGUCUUUUUAUUUGUGCGAUUUCUCAACUUGUCUUGACUUUACGAAGCAACCCGAUUUUUGUUCAAUGAGUUUUCAUUGAGUCCGUCUCUGAAGCCGUACGCGGCGUUGAGGAUGGUAAAAAUGGUUGCAAAUUGUUGUUACUUGUUUUGUUUAUUAUUAUUAUUAUUAUUAUUAUUAGUAUUAUUAUUAUUGCUAUAAUUUUCAAAAAUGAAAAUCCCAUGGUGUGCCUCCUAGCUUUAUGGGUUUAUAAAUGUUUUUUCCCUAAAGACCAGCAGUUAUACUUUGUACAAAAGAUGGAUUUUUCCUUAUUUUUUAUGCCAUUAAAGAUGAAAAAAGCCUGUUUUCUUUACUCUGGACCCAGUAGCUGCACUGGUUAUACAAUCGCACUGAUAGAAGAGUUAAAAAAAAAGAAAAGAGAAAAGAAUAAGAAAAAGAAAAAAAACAGACUAAGUGAAUCAAUAAUAAUAAUGAUAAUGACAAAUGAAAUAAGAACUACAAUAAACUUGUGUUUGAAACUUUUAUUAUAAAAAAAAAGCUAUUAAAAAAAAAGAAAAUAAAAAAAGAAAAUGACUGUUUUUGUACAUCAAAAUAAAUUCUUUUCAAAAGAAUAUUUUGGAUCUAGUUUCAGAAUUAUUUUAGUGGUUUUCUAUGUUCUGAAUUUUGGAGACACCGACUUCUACGACGUGUCGCUGUACAAAAAUGACUUUCUUCUGUUGCAGUGGCCUGAUGAUGGGCUGGGAGGGUUACCUGGUGUAACUCCUCAUACCAACUUUGAUUUCUUUUCCUUUGGAUCUUUUUGUUUUUUCUUCUGCUUUAGUAACUUGAAAAAUGUUGAUGGAAUAAUAUGAACUGGGAACUUCAAAAAUCCAUCCCUCCUCCUCCUCCUCCUCCCUGUAGAGCUAGACCCUUCCUCCUUUCCUAUUGAAUUGCUGUUAGUGUGACGAGACUUGAAAUGGGCAUUUAUUAUGAUAGUAUGACUCCAAAAGAAAAGAAAAAAAAAAAUCACAAAAUAUACACACACAAAAAAAAACAAACAAACACAAGAAGAAAAAAAAAAAAGCAAAAAAUUGCAAAAGCAAAGUGUGGGGAGGGUUGAAAGAAUAUAUAUAGAUGGGUUAUCUGAGUAUGUAAGCAAUGGCUGUGAAGAUAAUGUAGUUUUAAACAUUGUUAUUACCUUUUAAAAUCAUUUAUUCAAUAAAAAAUACAAAAUCAACUGAAA